AUGAAGUGCAUGUCAUAUAGCUAUGCCUCAAAAUGUUCCUAAGACAUAAAAUUAGACUUUCAACAUAAGCAUGACGUCAUCAAUUCAACCAUUUAUGUAUAUGCUUUUAAAAAUACCUAUUCAGCACUAUCGAGCAUUGUUGUUGGCAUGGAAAUCAUUUCACGGUUGUUGAUUUUUUUCUGUUUGCCUUGAAGGAAUUUUUCGUUUUUGUUCAAUUCGCAAAAAGAGCUUUUUUCAGCACCUUUAAAGUUAUUUCCUAUCUUCAAUCUAAUUUUUAAAUUCAUCGCCAUGAGCAAGUUUGAGGAUCUCUUCAAUAAGAAAAAGGAAGCAGCUCCAGUUCUUGAUCUCAGCAAGUCAACAGCAACAACAAAGGAUGAGUUUAAGAAGCUUAUGGAAAAAGUUCCAGAUUUUAAAAUUCGUCCUGUAAAAGUUCGUCCAGAAGAGAUUAAGAUCAAGGAGAAAGAAUGUAAAGAAUUUAAGCUGUCCAAAAAGGAAUUGAGGUAUUUGAGGAAUAAUCAAGGUGAACGAGAACGUCAAUAUGUGUAUAUGGAUCCAAUUCCAGUUGAAAUGAGGAGCAUUGUCAUCAUGGAAAUUUGUUCUGUGCCUAUAGAUUGGAAAAUGUUAACGACCCUCCGUCCAAAAUUAAAAGCUGAUGAAGACUACUUCGACAGGCUGAUUGAAAUGGGAAAAUUACAAAUUAAAACAGAGAAUAUUGACAAAAAGGUGAAUGCACCGUCCAGUACGAUGAGAAAAUUUAAAAAUAAAGCGGGCGUAAUUGAGACACGCAUAUUGACUUGUGCUGAAUGUGGCGAGGAAUUUUGCUUGGGAAAUACUUGUAAUGAAUUUAAUUAUGACUUAUUCGCGCGUGUGCCAAUAAAAGUGGCACCAAAAAAAACUCCUGAGCAUGGCUCAAAUAAAUCCACGACUAGUAUUAUUGCGAAGCUUAUGGGGACUGAUAAGGUGAAGGUUAAGAAGCCUCUGAUUGAUAAUAAGAUGUCAAGAAGGAGACGGCGACGAAGUCCUUCAAAGAAGAAGGAAAAUGGAGAUAAAGCUUGAAAAUUUGUCAUUUUUUCUAGAAUUUUUUUAAUCUGAGCACAAAUAAAAAUAGAUUUUCCAUUCUAAUG